GUACACGGUCGACUGUAGAAGACUACAGUAGCUUCCUUCAGCUGGCUUAGGAAGCACCAAAGCACCUUUAGUUCAGCCCGGCACGCUACCACACUACCACACUACCACCCUACUUACCACCACCAGCAGCUCAACCAGAACCAUCGUCCAAACCCACCGCUGUCCCCGCCCAGCCUCCCUCCCAAGUGGAUAUCCGGCGCCGUCCACCGCUCAAUUAGUUUCCCCGAUUCUUCUUCGCUCCUUCUUCUCCCUUUCCCCUUCCCUCCCUUCUGCACCUGCUGUUGGCCGCUCCGUUGCAGCAGUUCCUGUCUACCCUAGUACCUUCGUCCUUAUUCUCACGACAUCCCGAAGCGUCCAACUUCAGUCGGUCUCUAUGGCUCCUCCUCCCCCCUCAAACUUGCCUCUGCCUGACAGGCUGAAGGCUUUGGCUCAAACAUUGCAAUUUGCUUGGUUUGCUGGGCAUGUGACAUUGCUCCUUUCCGUACUCCGUUAUGUGUUGUCCUACAUCACUUUCAACUACUAUUCUUCCUCGGCGCAGGCGUCCUACCGCCUUGCAUUCGUGUCCGCUGCCGCGACAUACGGCAUUGUGGUGUACAAGGGACACAUUGCCCGCGGCCGUCUCCAGGGCAGCGUCCCUAGCAUCGUCUUGAAGCUGGCUGGUGAUGAGAAUGUUCAAUAUCUCGGUAUGGCAUUGGUUUGGCUCUACUCGCGCCAAAUCCCGUUGGCCCUGCUGCCUUUCAGCGUUUACUCUGUAUUUCAUGUUGCGACUUACACUCGCGCCCAAUUGAUUCCCACCAUCCAGGGCCCCGCCCAGGGUGCUGCCGCUCCCGGUUCGCCCACCUCUCCUAGCGCCCCCAAGCCUGCCGCUAGAUCCUCCCCCCUGGGCGACACCAUUGGACGGUUUGUCAAACAGUACUAUGAUGCCAGCAUGCACCUGGUCGCCCAGCUAGAGAUGUCGCUUCUCUUCCGCCUGGCCUUGGCGAUUCUCACCUUCUCCAAGGGUAGCUUCGUUCUCUUCGUCAUCUACCUGGCAUUCUUCCGUGCUAGAUACGCCCAGAGCUCCUUUGUCCAGCAGGCUGUUCGUCAUUUCACUGCGAGAGUCGAUGCUUCGGUGUCCCACCAGAGCACUCCCCCGGCGGUGCGCCAGGGAUGGGAGAGUUUUAAGGGAUUCGUGGGCCAGGCCUACGAGGCUACGGAUCUCAACCGGUUGAGCGCCGAAGCUGGUGCUAAGAAGCCCCAAUAAAGGGUCGACGGUACGGCUCCCGGUGGCUCCAGGAUAUAUGACGGAAUUGGUUGAAUUGCCCCGUGGCCUACUUGCAUGAAUGGCUUUGCGGGAGCCGUUUGUUCUGGAUGCCGAGCAACUAAUGAACUCGACGGCCUAUGGUAUCAUCUUUUGGUGAGAAAGGCGGCCAUUUUUACGAACAAUAAAGAUUGUGAAUAGUGGAGGAGGGUGGAGACAAGACUGGAGUAGCAUCAAAGAAGGUAUCUUUAAUUGCUCGAGGGAGGAAGUGGGGA